AGAAAAACGGAAGGAGAUAACUGUUACAAGGGGUUGUAGUGGUUGGUACUGGGUGGAGGUAGGGCUUGUGGGAGCGGCGGCCUGGGCGGGAGGCAGGUGCGGCCGUAACGAUCCCGGCCUGGCCAACAGAGUGAGCCGCCUUGACGGUGUGCGUUGGCGGUACACCUGUACUUAUAGUUGAGCGCUCGGCCGCUAGGUGGCAGCGUUAUCGCGCGUGGUUGUCGAUUGGCGGGCAAAGCAGGCGCGGGAGCGUGGAUCAGGCCUUCGAAGGGAACCUACACACCGGCACCCUUGAAUCCUGGUCAACCUGGAGCCACAGGAAGUCACCAGCACUAUUUCCGGGCACAAAAACGCUUCUCUGUCGUAAGAGGACGUUCGAAGAAGGUCCACAACGUGAGAAAAGUUGGUGGAGAGGACGCCAACGCCGGCAGUCGCCAGAUACCUCUGCCAAGUGAGACUCGCAAGGCUGCCAGCGCCAUUGAUUCCUGGUUCCAGGACAUGACUACCCCGUCAUGGUCGCACCGUCGGUCCAGCUGAGCGAGUUUUCCCUGUGAACAUUUAGUGCCUCAGACCCCCACCCUCCCACCCACCCCUCCCUUGCGCUCGCCUCCUGCUGAAUGUUUUCUCUGGUGCUUGUGCUCUGGUGUGUCCAGGUAAAUGUGCGGCCUAGGGUUUAGACUCAAGAACACCCCCUCGAAGAAGACGUCCCUGCGCUGGGGCGACUGUUGUGGGCGAGGUGCCGUAGCGAGCUCCAGCUCCCGCCUCCAGGAGGGGAUAUGACUGGCCGCGUCUCUCCCACCUAGCCGUCUUCGCCGGGUGCACCUUCAACACCGUCUCUCUUCGUGCCACUGAACUUGUUCUCCUCCUCGUUCGGUCUUGACCGCCACCUUCAGCGUGAUCCUCCCCCGAACUGGGUCAAGUCUUCCAACUGAAGUUGUUUCUCACGUGUGAACUCUGUACAGGUGACAAAGGUAACUGGAAACUACUUAAAAAAAAUCGAAGAACGCAAGAAUUAUUAUUUUUCUUAUAUGAACAAAAAAAAUCGACUAUUUUCAAUCAUCGAAGUUUUAUAACCGAUUUGAAAAAUAAAAAACUAUAUUUUGAACAAAAUACAUAAUAAUCUACUUUGUGUACAUCAAGAAAAACUGUCUCUUAAGCAUCCCAAGGUGCCCCCCACCACCACCAGACACAAGUCGCAAAGAACCGAUCACACUCUCCAUCACUCCCCAAGCAACUCCUGCUCGCUCAACACCCACGAUUAUUGGUCGCCCUUAGCAGUAGCAACUGACCAAGCUACCACCAGAACCACAUUACCUCAACUGCUCCCUCGAUAUUGUUGUUCCUAUCUACAUCAGCACCAUCGUUCCGUACAAAACACUCACCGUGUUCCGUGACGUGAGAGCACACUAGGGCUCUACCUUUUCCUGUUCUAGUCGGCCAAAACAUCUUCACAAUGACUAUCAACGUCGGAGGCGUGGUGGCCAUCGUCAUCUUCUACGUGCUCAUCCUGGCAGUGGGGAUCUGGGCGGCGAAGAAGAAACCUGAGGGGGAAGAUGAUGCUGACGACGUCAUGUUAGCGGGGCGGAGCAUAGGUGUCUUCGUCGGCAUCUUCACAAUGACGGCGACGUGGGUUGGCGGCGGCUACAUCAACGGAACAGCCGAAGCGGUGUUCGACACCGGGUUGGUAUGGUGCCAAGCGCCGUUCGGCUACGCCCUCUCUCUCAUCUUCGGUGGUGUGCUGUUCGCUAACAAGAUGCGUUCGCAGGGCUACGUUACGAUGCUGGAUCCGCUGCAGGAUAAGUUCGGCGAGCGCAUGGGCGGUCUGCUCUUCCUACCGGCGCUAUGUGGAGAGGUCUUCUGGUCAGCGGCCAUCCUCGGCGCCCUUGGUGCUACACUCUCCGUCAUUCUUAACAUAGAUAGCGACACAGCUGUCAUCCUCUCCGCCGUCAUCGCCGUCGGGUACACCCUCUUCGGCGGGCUGUACGCGGUCGCCUACACAGACGUGGUGCAGCUCGGGUGCAUAUUUCUUGGAUUGUGGCUGUGUAUUCCUUUCGCCUGGACUCACCCGGCAGUGGGAGACGUCACCGACACGGAGAAGGACUGGAUCGGCUCCGUGCCUACCGAACAGAUUGGGCUCUACAUGGACUACUGCCUCUUGCUCGUCUUCGGCGGCAUCCCCUGGCAGGUGUACUUCCAGCGGGUGUUGUCGAGCAAGUCCGGGCACAAGGCUCAGGUCCUCUCCUAUGUUGCGGCUUUCGGCUGCCUCAUCAUGGCUGUUCCACCAGUCAUCAUCGGGGCCAUCGCUAAGGUCACCGCCUGGAACGAGACGGGGCUGGAGUGUGAGGAUCCAGUGACCUGUAUCACCAGCAACCACACGGCCAUGAUACUGCCCUUGGUCAUCCAGUACCUCACUCCCAGCUACAUCUCCUUCUUCGGCCUGGGCGCCAUCUCCGCUGCCGUCAUGAGCUCCGCCGACUCUUCCGUCCUCUCCGCCGCCUCCAUGUUCGCUCGGAACAUCUGGAAGCUCAUCUUCAGGCAGAAUGCGAGUGAGACGGAGGUCAUCUGGGUGAUGAGGGCUGGCAUCUUCAUCGUUGGCUUCCUGGCUACUACCCUCGCCCUCACCAUCCCCUCUAUCUACGGUCUCUGGUACUUAUCUUCGGACCUGGUGUACGUGAUCCUCUUCCCACAACUGCUGAUGGUGGUCCACUUCCGUAACCACUGCAACCUUUACGGCUCCCUGGCCGCCUACAUCAUCGGGUUGGUGGUGCGUCUCCUGGGUGGAGAGUCCAUGAUUGGCAUCCCUCCCAUCGUCAAGUAUCCCUGGUACGAUGAAGAGAAUGAAGUGCAACUCUUCCCCUUCCGGACGCUUUCCAUGAUCCUCUCCGGACUCUUCCUAGUCUUCGUGUCCAUGUUCACACGGUGGGUGUUCGAAACAGGUCGACUUGCGCCCAAGUACGACUUCUUCCGCUGCGUCACUAACAUCCCCGAUGACGUUCAGAAAGUGGGUGAGCCGCAGGAGGGAGAGAUGAGCAUCAUGACGUGCCACAACGUCGUCAAGUACAACUCCACCGACGAAAUGAACGGCCGAGUGAACCCGGCUCUCACCCUCGGCUCCGACAGCGACGAGGAUAUCCCGGCCCCUACCACCACCACCGCCGACGGCAAGAUCAAGAAACGACUCGUUGGAGAGAUCAUCUCGCCUCCUCCCAUCACCUCCCCCAAGAAGCACGAUCAAACGAAGCUGUGAAAUAAGUAGAGAAAGCCGGACGCUCCUCUGGCUUCCCCGAGCCACGGCUCUCGUCUCCCUUCGUGCUAACUUCUAUACAACUUUACCAACUGUAUCGGAAAUCUCAUUGUGUUAGGAAAUGGGCAAACUUUCAUCCUGAAGGUAAAUGAGCUACGAUUCGUGUUGUUCGACAGUCCAGAUCGACAAAUAUUAUGUGCGCUGAAAUGUCGGUGGCGCCAACUCUAAUUUCUGGGCGCUGAAAGAGGAAUAUAUUUUUAUUUCAAGUCCAAGAGAAAUCAGUCUGACAUCUGAAGACAGCUGGCGUCACCACUGAACUCUUUACGAAAUGAUGCUAAUAGUACUUGACCCUAGUGGGAAUUUGACCCUAGUGGGUACUUGACCCUAGUGGGUACUUGACCCUAGUGAUAAUUUAACCCCAGUGAGCAUUUUAGAAACAAGUACUUGUGAAGGGGUGGAGGGAAGGGAUGGGAGAGGAGGAAGGGAUAAAUCAAUCACGCAGCUUGAUAGGCCUACUCGGCCUUCCCGAACAAGUUGGAAAUGUCUCAAGGAAAAUAUUCGUUACGCUUCAGUUCUUACAAAGCGCAAUAGGUCCCCCUCUCUCUCCCCCCUUGACACCCUUCCUCCUCCUCCAGCAUCUUCCCUCUGUCGGUCAACAGUAGCACUACCUCUCACGUCUCUCUCAUGUCCCCUCAGAAUAGCACUGUGUUCACUAAAGCGAUACAGGUGUGCGUAGUUCUUGUCAGUUGAUUAUUUUUGUAGGGAAAUAGUUUUUUCAAGGUGUCA